CGAAAGGCCACGGCUCCGCGGCGUCAGCAAGGCCUGCUGCACACUCCCCAGCUCCUGGCAUGACGCUGCGGCUGCAGGCCGCGGGAGGGGAGGUAGCGGUGGACAGAAGGGCGGCAUGUAUGUCGGGACUUGUACAGAGCUUGGCGGAAGGUGGGCAGACGCACUAGGACAGAUGUCAAGAGGCAAUGAAAAUGGCCAUGCUGCAUGUCAUGCAUCAGGUUCCGACGAGCCGAACGACAGCAUUCCCCUUCUCAAUGUGCGUGAGCUGCCUUUGCGUAAGGUGAUGGACUACUGCGAGCAUCAUGUGGACCGGGAGGCAUCGCCGAUCUCCAUUCCCAUCAUCAAAGACACCAUUGAAGAGGUAAGACGGACAGAGAGAUGUGUACGCCGGUCAGUUGAUUGGAUGAAUUGCGGUUGCGGCAGGUUGUGGAUGAGUGGGACGUCCGAUAUCUGGAGGAAAUGACCUGCCAAACGCUGUGCGACGUCAUCACGGUGAGAGAGCCGGACCGCCACACGCGUGAAUUCAUAACACCAUGCGCAUGGUCCGUUUUCGUUUUGCUCAGACGGCCAGCUACUUGGAUGUGGCCCCUUUGGUUGAGCUGCUGCAGGCCAAAAUCGCAUUCGAGCUGAUGGUGAGAGUAACUCAUCGGACGAUGCAUUGGCCGGGGGCUGUCUGAGGUUUGUUGUCCGUUGGUGUGCAGAAGAAGACCCCUUCGCACAUAGCCCUGAUGAUGCGCAAGGCGCUGGUGCGUGACAUACAUGCACUGCACUGCACGUACGAUGCAAAUGCCGGACAUGUUCGUAUCCGUAUAUCGAUGAUGCUGCAGGCGCCGAAGUUAUGCCCGGCGCCUCAGCAGCCCAUGCAGACCUUUGCCUCGAAACUACCGGUGAGCAACGAAAGAUACUGGAGAGAUGCAGCGGGUGUGGUGUGUAUGAUCUGCUGGUCUCUUCCCUCCCUCCCUCCCUCCCUCCCUCCCUACCUCGCUCGUGCAGUGCGAUUUGCUCCUUACCACUCUGGCGUACCUGCCUCUCCGGCUCCUCGCCGACCUGCCCGGCGACGUGUGGGGCCGGCUGGCCACCUACUACACCCACCUCGUGAUAGACUGCGCCGACCCGCGCUCGCGUGACUUCUUCGACCGCCUCCCCUUCCAGCGCGCACUCGAGUGGGGCAUGACGCUGGCGCAUCUGGAGCGCAUCACUGUGCGCCAAAUGACGGGUGCGUGGGGUGAGGAGGUGUGGGUGGGGGUUGUGGAGGGCCAAGCGUCCGGCCACACGUCAGAGCGGCCGGCGAAAUCCGUCGAGAGCAUCGCCUUUGAGACUGUCCCAGUGUCGUCCACGGCUCCCUGCCGUUCGCUGCUCAUCCCGCCCCUGCCGCCCCUCCCCUCGCACGCACAUCCAUCCCUCCCCGACCUCAAGACGCUCACCGGCGUCGGCAUCUCUCACACCAAGACGAUCGACAGGCGGGGCUGGAAGAUGAAGGCACUAGAGCGGGUGGAGGGCAACAUGGUGACCAGGGACAACACCAGCUUUGGGACCGUCUUGGGGGGCGGGCAGGGCUUGCCGCGUGACGUGAUGCUGACAUUCAUUGCGACGUCGGAGAGCCUCGCGCACCUCGAUGUGGCCAUGAGGAUGCAGAACCUUGCCGAUGUGGUGUCUGCGAUGUCUCCAGCGGCUGUGGCGGGCCUCAAGACACUCGGGCCACUCCUUCUGGCGCCCCUUCGCCGGGCAACGCCCAAUGACAAUGACGACUGGGCACUUCUCGACCAAGUGAAGGUAAGGAUUGACUGCUUUGCACCGACCGACAAGUUGAUUGCAUGUGUCUGUGAAAUGCAUUCGUUCAGGAUAUGCUCAGACAGCACGGCAGCUCACUGACGUCCAUCAAGGCCACGCUGAGUGCGAUCGGCAUCCAGAGAGGACCUCGGUACCUCUUCCCGACGUUGUCGGCGCUCCACCGGCUCAACGCGGCGGCCGGCAGCACACCGCAGACCCUCACGCUCGACUUUCCUGACCUCGAGGCGUGUUACGUGGACAGACGAGAAGGACCUCUUUCAUUCUCACUGCCAUUCAUCGACCCCCUGCUGCCCCCAAACACCUCGGGCGUCUUCGCCGACUCGAUGAGCCGACUCGCCAGUGUCAUCCCAAGCGUGCACUGGCGCAUACCCAGCAACCCGCAGACACUUGCCGCACUCGACACCCCUACCGAGGACGAGAAGCGCCUCGCCUCCACUUUCACCUUCAGCAAAGCCACUGUGGUAUCGGUGCGCUGUGAUGCCCUCCCUGACAACGGCCCUGCCCCCAUUCCCGCUAUUCUGCCCCACCUGCCACUCGACGCACACCCAAAUGCCACCCGCCUGGAGAUCCACAGCGGCAACAGACGCGGCGUUGUCGAGCUGCUGGCUGCCAAGAUGCCUGCGUUGGGAGAGGUGAGUGUCCGUCACUGGAGGCAGGGAAUCCAGUUUGGCUGUUGGCUGGGCCAGCUGAGGUCAUGGGGGUGCUCAAGGCGAUCGGCCCAGACAAGAAACUGACGAAGGUGGAGGUGUGUGUGGACGGCCUGGGGGAGGGCGGGCUGCAGUGGGGUGAGGAGAAGGAGCAGCUGCCUGAGAUAGAACAGUUGGAGUGUUUUGUCGGUACGUACACAUGUGGGGGCAACACGGGUACUGAUGCAUGGAAGAACGAUGGACGGCUCGUUGAUCUCUCUGCGUGUGUAUUCAGUGCCUGACAUCACUGGCGAGUCGUUGAGGGCGAGUGCUGAGGCCGCCGCCACGACUGUUGGAUCCCUGAUGAAGCUGAGAGCCAUCCACAAGGCCACCGUCGGCUUUCUCGGCGUCCCCAGUCGGCGGAAGAAGGCCACAGCAGAAGCCUUUGAGCGACAGAUCAGCACGGGGUCGUCGGACGGCUUCAGCGUGACGAUGCAGAUGGCACCGGCGGGGAAGGAGCCCUCGGUGUCACUGACUGCUUCUCGACCGCCUUAAUUGACGUGUCGCAGGUGAGCGAACAAACACAGAUCUGAAAUAUGAAUGGUUGGUCAUUUACAUGUCGGUUUUAGGCCAUGGGUGCGAGUCCGAGGCCAUGGCGGUAGCGUACGAUAGAGGGAGGGAGGGAGGAGGGAGGGAGAGAGGGUUGCUCUUCUGCAUGUUGAUAGUGGGACAAUGAAUGCGGAAGUUAACAACCGAACCAUGGCCAAGUUGGAAUGGGUCACUGGAUCGGUAUACGUUGCCUGGCGGCUGGGUGUCGUAUGGAGGUCAUUGAAUGUCUGCACAGAGGGCGGCCAAGUGGACAAUCCACACAAACGACACGACAGGCCUUAACUAAU